GCCGGUCUGUAACCAUGUGACGAAAGCGCGUCCUGCUGCGCUCCUCGGUGGCUUGGCAGUUCGCGCCCGGUUUCCGUGUCUCGCUGUCGCCAUGGCGGACGGCGAGCGCUCACCAUUACUCUCAGAUCUCGGUGAUGGAGCUGUCUGCAGUGGAGUCGGUGGCGUUUCUCCUGGACCGAGUCCAUUUCCGCAACCGAACAAACCACAGAGUUUCCCACCUUUUCCAAGCCCAUCUCAGCCUUCUGUGCUUUUGGGUGAAGAUCCUCCACCCUACUCCCCCCUGACAUCGCCUGAGAGUGGCAGUGCCCCUGUGAUCAGCUGCCGUGUGUGUCAGUCUCUUAUCAGUGUUGAGGGCAAGAUCCACCAGCACGUUGUCAAGUGUGGCGUGUGUAAUGAGGCAACACCCAUAAAGAAUGCUCCAGCUGGGAAGAAGUAUGUGCGCUGUCCCUGUAACUGUCUGCUCAUCUGCAAGGUCACAUCUCAGCGCAUCGCCUGUCCGCGUCCUUACUGUAAGAGGAUCAUUAAUUUGGGGCCAGUACACCCUGGGCCAGCAAGUCCAGACCCUCAGCCUACUGGGGCCCGAGUGUCCUGUGGCCACUGUAGCAACACCUUUUUGUGGACAGAGUUUACUGACAGGACACUGGCCCGCUGUCCCCACUGCAGAAAAGUUUCUUCAAUUGGCCAGACAUACCCGAGGAGGCGGAGUCUAUGGUGUUUCCUUCUCUGCUUGAUGUUCAGCAUCUCUGCUGCUGGACUAAUCGCAGGGACAUGGUCCAAAGCGCAAGUGUAUGGAGGGAUCUAUGCUGCUUGGGUGGCCAUGCUGCUACUGGUCAUGGUGACUCUGGCCAGAGCACUCUACUGGAUCUGCCUACGGGUCAGCCAACCACUGCAGAACUUCACAUAGAGAAAGACCGUGGGGGGAAGAAUGGUAGCAGGGGACAGUGUCUGACUGGUGGUAAAUAGUGUGGGGAAAACUGCUGAUUUAAAUAUAGUAAGGGAUGAAAAAUGCAUUAAGCCAUGUAAAAGAAUGAUUAAUGAAAAAGAUAAUAUAAUUAUGUGCUGAGAAGGAUGGAUGUUUGGAUUGAAGGAUUGGACUGAAAAUAAUUUUGUUUUAAGUAAAUAUUUAUUGCGCUGAACAUUGGAUCCAGUGGUUUUACCAAUGACUGACUGUGCACAAACCUAAAUACAUCAAAUUCCAGUGGCCCUGAAUAUUUUAAUCUUGCCUAACAUGUACUCGUAUCAGACUGAUACUGUGCCAUCAGUGGUGAUGGGAGUCUAGCAGAUUGUUUGGUACAGUUGAGACACUGAUGGCCACGUGCCCUCACACAACUAGAAUCCAUAGACUGUGACUGCAUAACAGGAAAUUUACCUCAAAACGAGAAUACCAGAGGUUGUCAAGUAGAGUUUUUAGUCUUGACUGAUUAGUUGUGUUUUGUUGUACAGUCAUAAAUGUUAGAAUAAGUGCAUUUGUGAAUACUAUUGAUGCAUCUGCAGUCCAAAGCAUCAAGAGGCCUGAGAGCGAGAGAGACUGCUGUCUGUUCUCCACAGUGAGGCUCUGCUUCAGGACACCUCCAUUCUCAGUCCAUAUGACCUUAUAAAUGCACACUCUUAAUCUGUAAUAAUACAAUGCCCUCCACAAUUUUUGGCGCCCCUUUGUAAAGAUUAAGAUGUUUGGAAAAAAUCUGCGUUUUGGUGAAGUAGCUUCAUCUCACACUGAAAAACUGAGAAAUCCAACCUUUAAUUGAAAUCAGUUUCCUCAGAGAAAAACAAAUCCCUCAUCAAGAAAAAAAAUUAACAAAAACGUGCCAUUAUUAUUGGCACUCCUGGAAAUUAUAGUGAAUACAAUGUAACUGAAGCAUGUUUCCCAUUUAAAUCGUAUAUUUUUAAGUUGAUUGGAGUGUGUAGGAGCUUUCAAUCUGUUAUCCAUGACUUCCUGAUUAACUACGGUACAAAUAUGCGAUGACAGAGACCAAAUUCCCUUAGUCAUCCAUUAAGAUGGGAAAGAUCAAGAGAAGACAAACUAAAUGAGGGAGCAGUGUGUUGAAUUUCAUAAGUCAGGGAAUGGUUAUUAAAAAUAGCUUUCACCUGAAAAUGCCCAUUUCUACUGUUGGGGCAAUUUAAAAAAAAAAUUUAAAAAAAGAGCAAAAGUGGACACCAACUGGAACUGUUACAAACUUGCAUGGAAGAGGACCCAAGUUUAUUUUGCCCCCACAUACAAUGAGGAGGAUGGUAAGAGAGGCAAAAAAAAAAAUCCCCAAGGAUCACUGUUGGUGAAUUGCAAGAAGUAAAAUCUUGGUGGUUUCAAGUCUCCCAAAGCACCAUCAAUUGCCAUCUACAUUCCAACAGGUUAUUUGGAAGGUAUGCUGGGGGGAGCCUUUUUUUUUGUCCGUUAACAAACGAGCCUGGAGUUUGCAAAUAAAAUACUGCAACUUUGACUGGAACCAUGCUUGAUAGUCUGAUGAAACAAAAAUGGAGUUUUUUAGCAAUGAACACUCGAGGUGGGUUUUGGUGUAAAAAGGAUGGUUAUACUGAAAGGAACCUUAUCCCAGCUGUAAAAUAUGGUGGCAGUUCUAUGAUGUUUUGGGGCAGUGUUUCCUCCAAAGGCCCUGGAAACCUUGUUAGGGUACAUGGCAUCAUGGAUUCUUUGAAAUACCAGGAAAUUUUAAGUCAAAAUCUGGCUGCCUCUGCCAGGAAACUAAAACUGGUUUGUUCCUGUAGUUUCCAGCAGGAACAAACCAGUGGUCCUCAGUAUGUGCCCAAAUCAACACAGUGGUUAGCUGACCAUAGAAUCAAGCUUCUGCCAUGGUCCUCUCACUCCCCUGACCUGAACCCCAUGGAAAACCUGUGAGCUGAGUGGAAGAGGUGAGUGCGCAAGAGAGACCAAGGACCCUGGAUGAUCUGGAGAGAUACAAAGUAUUAAAUGAAGGGGUGUCAAUACUUGUGGCACAGAUGUUUUUGUUAAAUUAUUUUUUGAUGAGGGACUUGAUUUUUCUCUGAAUAAAUUUAUUUCAAUUAAGGUUUGGAUUUCUCAUUUCAUCAGUAUGAGAUGAAGCGAUUUCACGGAAAGGUGGAUUCCCCCCAAACCUUUUUUAAUAAUCUUUACAAAGGGUGCCAGUAAUUGUGGAGGGCACUGUACAUAGGCAUAACUAUCUUGCUAUAUUAAAUUAGUUAGCAUUAAUACAAAAAUUGCCAUAUAUUAUGACGUUUUGAGACCUAAUAAAUGCCGUAAAUCAGUAUUUGAUAAUUCAGAGCAAAAGUCCCACGUUGGUUUUUAAUUUGUAUUCUGUGCCAGACAUGGUACAAAACUUUAGUCACCAAUUUAAUUUUAAUGCACCUUCACUUUAGGACAAUUAUUAACUGCAUCAUAGGCAAUGUCAUUUUGUCAUUACUGCUAAUAAAUUUCAUAUAAGAAUUGCACAUACAGGAUCAACAGGCUAAAUUCCAUAAGGGGGUGCUGUUUGCACACCAUUUUAUUUUUCUGCUUUCACAUUGUGUAAAACUUCCACAUGCUUAAAGAAAUUUGAUUCUGACAUAUCUAAAUAUCUGGAUGAAAAGUCUCUACCAUUUUUUUUUUUCUGUAGACAACAGUAAUUGGACCCCCACUGCAUUAUUUUUUAAACUGUUAAUGACUUAGCCAUUGCACUAAGAUCAACAAUUCCUUGGAAACACUACAGCAUUUUUAAAAUUAGUGUUCAUGUAAUAACCAUGUGAAAAAAAUUGUGUAUACAUCCACUCUGAUGGGGACUACAGCGCUGAAAGGUCUGUGUUAGGACUUCUCUAUUUAUGAUCUGAAGGAUGAUGUUGAAGUCACUAUUACAUGACAUUUGUAAUGUCAUGAUUUGGAAUGUUACAGCUGUGGUCAUAUGAAAUGUGCUAAUCACUUGUAUGUUUUUUGUAUUUAAUUACUGUGUGUUAAAGCUCAGUUUGGGACUUUUGGCACCUCUUAAUUUUUUUUUUUAAAUAUAAAUUAAUAACCCUUGCAGAAGGUUUUGCUGUUCCUUAAUAUCUCCUUGGCUUAUGCACUAUAAGUGCCAAAAUAUGGCUCAUUUAAAAGUACUUUGUGUCGGUAGGCCACUUCCUGCGCCCCCACUCCUCAAUGUUUUUCAUUCUCGGGUCUAUCAGGUUUGCAGGAUCUCUAGUAAAAGGACAGUUGUGAUUUGCUGGUCUUGAUCAACAGUUUUGUGAGGAAAAAUGUAUGGUUUCUGUGCUGUUAUUAGCAAUAUCUCUGUUCUGACACACCUGCUCCAUAGAAUCGGUAAUUAUUAAACCCUUUGUUGUCUGAUGCAAGAUAGUGCAGGACUGGGGGGGGGGGGUUAAAAAGUGAAAACUACUGGUCUAAUUGAAGAGAUGUCCUGUAAAAUUAUGGUGAAUAAAGUUAGUAAAAAAAUCACUGAGAAUUGAUUGGGUUUAAGGCUUAUUGAAGGUCUUGUAAAAGUAUGUGGUGUCACUGAAAGAGGAAGUGCUGUAAGACUGGGUUUUGGGUUUAUGCUGCUGAAAUGCAUAUUACUUUGUGAAUGGUUUACGGUGACGAAAAACGCCAAGAUAUUAAUUGUCUUGUCUUAGUAUAAAUGUCACUAAAAAUGUAUGAAUUUUUCAUUCUGCUUCACACCAAAUCCAAAAUGAGAGAGCUGAUGAAAUGGGUUUCUCCCUCCUCCUACCGAAUCCAGGCACAGAGGUGCCUAAUGUCCUAAACUGUAUGCUUUGAGUACUGAUACUAAUUUUAUUUAUGCCAAGAGCAAUGAGACCAGAAUGAGGCUUUUCUCAGAGUUUGUUUGCAAAUAAGUUUGUUCAAGGCAUGAAGGCUAUUAAUGAAGACAAUAUAAAAAUAAGAAAAGUC